UUUAGCAGCCUCAUACUUCACAGAACCAACAUCAUGCCUCGUCUGCCACCACGCUCAUCACGCCGUGACCGUAGACGACGUCCAAUCCCACCCCGCUCCACCACCCCACCACCACCGCCACAGCCAACACAACCACCAGCAAGUUCAUGGCUGGAGAUGGGGCUCCGCGGCCGGUCAGUUAGCUUUACCUUCGAACUUGUCAAUCAACAGAUACUCGUCCACCUCCAGGACCCCGUGUACCUAGCUACUAUUAUUACGGAUGGCAUGCGUGCGGCUACAGAAGCCUAUAUCAACUACAUGAAUGCUACUUUAUAUGACCCAUCGCAUCCACUUUACAGUCCAAUGCCGGAUAACAUGUCACCGUUACCCCCAGGGACUGAACUCCCUUUCUAUCACCCGGAACAAGUACUCGAGGACGACGACGACGACGAGGUACGUGCUCCCACGGUUCUAUACCAGAAUACAUUCACGCUGGUGGUCGACCAGCAGGUCCCAUCUUCCAACCCUGAUGCCCCUUCGAGUACUCAGGGCGAACAAAGCGAAGAGGACACAACUCCUCUUCCAUCGAUGGAACUCCAACGUGGGAUUCGCCCACUGGUUUAUGUACUCAAUUCCAUGAAGUCCUUCAUCAUACAGGAGGUGUACACAAAACAGUACAUACUCAAGUGCCCAGUGCGACUCAACAAGUGCACCUUGGAUGCUAGAGUGAUAACAAACCCUAAUCCCAAAGGAUUUGGGGUCCUUUUGGUACCAACACUGGUGCCAGGGAACGAUCCAGACGAGGAUGACAACAAUGAAGAGCCCCCAAAGAUGACUCUCAUGAUAUGGAACUGCCGUGGCUCUGAACAAUUCGAUUUUCGUAAGAGUUACCGCUCUAUGCUUGAUUACCAUCGCCCAGGCAUGGUUCUACUACUGGAAACUCACAUGACGGAGCAAAAGGAUUUAGCUUAUGACUUUUGCUUCACGAACAUAGCAGAUGUACCGGCUAUUGGUCGCUCGGGAGGAAUGGCGUUAGUCUGGAAGAAAGAUGUUGUUAUGGUGGAUGGACUCUCAAUGAAUAAUGAAGAAAUACAUUGCACAAUUAAGGUUGUUAAUCCACCAGCUGAGUAAUCAUCCACACAGACAUACAGGGAACUAAAUGGAAUUGCAGAUUGCUUGGCUUCGAAGACUUUAGUUAGAUUGUUCUUUCGCAACCCCAACCCCCGUUUUGGAAUUACCGUAAUUGUUCCCUGUAAUGUAGCUGUUUUAGCUUAUUUAUGCGUUAGACCAUAGCAUUUGAGAUGCAAAUUUGAAGUUUUAAAUUUACUUGAUAUUGGUACUGCUAGUUCAUUAUAUGUG